AUGCAUCUCAGUAACGAAGUGAGUGGUGCCGUCAGGACGUUUACGUAUUUUAUGGUAAGUGGAACUCAUUAUAUGUUGAAGGGUGUAGAUUACAUUUCGUUAUAUGGUGAGGAACCCAGUGCAAUUGAGCAAGCUUACGCCAUAUUCAUGAAUGUGUUGGAAAUAGAUGAACAAGGGAAAGUUAUCAACGUCAAACAUGCCGAGAAACGAGCAACAGACUACAUUAGGUCUUACUGUGAAUCGACCUUCGAGGUUGAUCCACCUUUCGAAGAUUGGGAAGUUCAGUUAUAUUGA